AUGGCCUAUGAGGCAUCUAUCUAUAUAGUAAGACAUUUAGCUGGUUGUUUCUGCUGCUGCUCUGCAACAAUUGCUCCUAUACCUGAUGGUAUACUGCAGCAGCAGCAGCAGCAGCAGCAGCAACAAAUACAACUAUUACAGCAGCAGCAGCAGCAAAAAAUUCUCCUCUCUUUUGAUUCCUUGGGCUCCCUUGAGCUAGAUCUACCAGCAGCAGAAUCCCCAUCAGCAGCAGCAGCAGCAGCAGGAGGAGGAGGAGGAGGAGGAACAGGACCUGGAUCAGCAGCAGCAAUAGCAGCAGCAGCAGCAAUAACUGCAUCAACAGAAGCAGCAGCAACAACAGUACCUAGUGCAGGUACAGAUAUGCUGCUGCUGUCCUGUUUAUCCCCUUUUUCUUCCUUAAUUACUAUUCUUGCUCUUAUACCUAAUGCAAUUGAGUACCCUGGUUGUGAUCUGCAUGCAACGGUACUUGAAUUAGCCCCUAUGGGGGCCCCCCUACUUCCUUCAUUGGGGGCCCCCCUUGGGGGGGGGCCCCUAUCAUUUCAUGGGGGCCCCUCUUCUCAUGCGCACUCGUGGGGGACAGGGGGACCCCAAAGAGGGCCCCCACAAGGAGGAGGAGGAGGAGGAGGAGGAGGAGGAGGAGGGGGUACCCAUGGGGGGCCCCACUAUGGGGGGGCCCCCCAGAUAGAGACAUGGGGGCCCCCUAUACUAACAUGGGUAGGGGAUGGGGAGGAAUGUAUGGGUAGGGGAGAGGAGGCAGAGGUUGAGCAAGUGUUGCAGCAGCUGCAGCAGCAGCAGCAGCAACAGCAGCAAUUAUUAUUAUCUAUAUAUCCAUCACCACCAGGAUAUAUACAGCAGCAAAUACAGCAGCAAUUGCUGCAGCAGCAACUAGAGGAAGAAGAAGAAACAGAUGAGUUGCUGCUGCAGCAGCAAAGGGAUUGCUGCCGUCGCUAUAAGAGAUUAUUAUGUGUUGCUGCUCCUCUUGGGUCUGUCUUUGUAUAUGAAUUAUCUUUCUAUAUAAACAGCAGCAGCAGCAGCAGCAGCAGCAGCAACAAUAACAACAGCAGCAGCAACAAUAACAACAGCAGCAGCAGCAGCAGCAACAAUAACAACGGGCAUUUACGUAGUAGUAGCAGUAUAACUAGUAUGGGUAGACUAUCAACGACAGCACAACAACAGCAGCAGCAGCAGCAGCAGCAGCAGCAGCAGCAUAUGCUGCAGUUCCGUCUACGUUUAGUCUAUAGGAUAGAAGGGAACAGAGGGAGACAAAUAUUAUUACCUGUCCCUUUCUCUAUUGUUGAUGGCCGUCGUGUCUUUGCAUGCAGCAGCGGUAGCCAUUUACUUAAUUUAUUUGAAUUAAUUAAAAAGCCUAAUCCUGAUGUAUUUAUACUGCAGCAGCAGCAGCAGCAGCAGCAGCAGCAGCAGCAGCAGCAGCAACAGCAGCAGGAUGCAGCUGCAACAGGGAGUAGUGCGGGGAAUGCAGGAACGUUGACGGCGCAGCAGCAAGCUGCUGCUGAUGCCCAGCAGCAUGCUGCAGCUGCUACUGAAUACAUUGAUUAUCUUAGGGCUUCCUUCUCGUCUGCUGCUGCUGCUGCUGCUGCUUCUGCUGCUGCUGCUGCUGCACCUGGUACAAAUGAUGCAGCAGGUCAUCAAGGUACUAUUAUACAUCAUAAUAAACAACAAGAAUUACAACACUUAAUGAAUCCUUCUAUAAGAGCUGCAACAGCAGCAGCAGCAGGUGCAGCAGGUGCAGCAACAACUGUAGCAGGAGCAGCAACAGCACCAGGAGCAGCAAUAGCAGCAGAUAUAUCGCAGCAAGAUGAGGCACUGCAGCGGCAACUGCAGCAAAUAACAGCAGAGCUAAAAGCAUGCAACAUAGAAAAUCAUCAGUUAGCACGAAUGCAGCAGCAGCAGCUACAGCAGCUGCAGCAACUGCAGCAGCAGCAGCAGCAGCAGCAGCAGCAGAGGGGGACCACCAUCCUGAAUCGGCCCCCAUGGAAUGAUCGAUUUGCUGUUAAAGGAUCAGAAAAUCAAAACUUAUUCUAUUAA